UUGGUGUGUUCAGGAACCGAUAAUGUUCCGAGAUUUGGUAUCGCCACCAGUAGCACGAGCUCCAUCUCAACCACCUCCGUCUUCAUCGUCUCAGCCAUCGCCACAACCUCCGAGGCCGUCAGUAUCGCCGAGUGCUCCACCGCUGACGGUAUACUGGAUCCUCAUCUGCUUUUUGCUAAGUUGCUGAAAUCAGUCGAGGAAUCCGCUUUGAAUUCCAUGAAUCGUAGUAUGCAAGAGGAGUUCACAGAGUUGACGUCGUUGAACAGUACUGGCUUUUCGAGGUCCGAUGAAGUACCGGGGCGCUAUCGACCGCCUAUCAGCGCCCCAUUCACAAAGCCGAUCGCUGCUGUCUACGCCAGGAGUCCAGCUCGUGACGUUACCAAUACGAAUAAUGCCUAUACGGGACCAGCAACAGCCGAUACAAUACUAUGUGAUGAGGUAGAACACCUGGAAAGAGAUCUCACUGAUUUUUCGCUCUCUUCACUCAGCGAUCUUGUCGAUGAUACACGGCCAUUGAUAACGGGCAAUGGAAAAGUGCCUUCACAACCUAAACCAACUAGCAGUGCGUCAUCAUCGUCAACGCCAUCGCCCAACUCGAUACGAUUGAUGACGACUGAAGAAAUGCAACGAUGGCAUGAGAAAGAGACUCGUGAACAUAAAAAAGCUCAAUCACAACUGAGUGGUGGUCGUCGAAAAGAGCCGUUACCAGAUGGUCCAAGAAUUGAUGACGAGAAAUCGUUCAGUGCGAAUCUAGCAGCUCGCCCAUUAAGGCAGACGCCGCCAGAUUGGACCAGUGAAGCUCAGGAGGCAUACAAAUUGCUUGUCGAAUGCGGUCGAGAUCUUACCAACACCACCACUUCAUCACCGCGAUCUUCGCCUUCUAGUGAACAACUGAAGCGAAUCACUGUUAUCGAAAGGAAGCCGGCAGCAUCACCGUCUCCGAUACCACCACGGCCAGCCACCCCACCACAUGUGAAAGGUCGUGAAACGUCAGUCGAGCCAAGCCAAACCACUGAGGACGUGACGAGUUACUCACCGCAGAAACGAGUUCAUGUCAUCGAAACCAAGCUGCUUACAACCACAGCUGCUGAACAGGUACAGUGA